CGCAUACAUUGUCAUGGGGAAAAGCAUUUCCAGACUUACUAACAAAAUGUUAUCAAGACUCUAAGCCAACUGGACAAUUGGGUCCAAUGAAUCCAGCCAACGAUUCUACAUUUGAGUUUUUGAAGAAUCUGUUUACAGAAGUCACCAGCCGAUUUCAUGAUAAUUAUAUUCAUCUUGGAGGAGAUGAUAUAGAUUUUGCCUGUUGGAUUUCGAAUCCAGACAUAGUUGAAUUCAAGCAAAAAAUGGGAUUCCCUCAUAAUUCUUCCCAGUUAUUAAAUUAUUACGUGUCGAAAGUUGUCGACAUUGUCAAAAGUGUUGCUGACCGAAAUCCUUCGAUUACACCUAUUUUAUAUCAAGAUGUUUUAGAAUACGGAUAUCAGGGUGACAAAAACACAGUCAUUCAUGCUUGGCAAAGAUUCAGCUGGAAAGAAUAUGCCAGAAAGGCUACUGGAAAAAAAUUCAACGUCAUAGUUUCUG